GGCAUCGCGCAGGGGGAAGCCGGCGGGUGUCGUUCAGCUCAUAUUAUUCAUUCAGCUGCUAUGAGUGGAGCAAGACGGGCUGCAGUAAUGGGGAGCUCUACACAAAUGACCAAGUCAGCUGGGACUAGAUUUUCUUCACCGGGGACUGCAAAGAGACGGCUGUUGUUCACAUCUAAACUGUACAAUGGGAAAUCUUUCUUCCUCGACCUGGAUGGCUACUCUAAGCUGGCUAAACUGGAGGAGGAUGUUGUGAGACUGGGUGGAAGAAUUGAACGCUUUCUGAGUCGUGAAGUGAACUUUGUUGUUACCAACAAAACCACAGAAUGUGGCGUAAAUGGAUCUCCAGUGGAACCCACAAAGACGCCGUCACCUUCUAGCGUUGAUGGCUCCAAGGCCCCAGUGAUAAGUCGAGGUAUGGCGCUGGUUCUCAAGUCGACCUCUACGCGUCGGUCGAGUGCAGGUCGUAAUGACGUGUUAACCAAUGCAAAGAUGUGGGGAGUACCAAUACUGUCCUUACAGGAAGUAUUGAAAAAAAUUAAAGACGAAAACAAGAAAGCAACAAAUACAAAAUCUAAAAACAUAGAGGACAGCUUUAAAUGGAUUGAUGAAAAUGACUACACAUAUUUUAAAGGGGACUUCUUAAAAAUAGAGGACACUCAGGAGAACCUUAGACCUGUCUACAGUACAUUUGCUGAUUUCCCUUACAUUGAUUUAGAGAACGAUGUGGUCUUUGGGAAGAAUGAGCAAUCUAUGUCGAAAGUACCAGCGACUGUGCAGAAUAGUAAAAGCACUUGUACUACACCGCGAGCAAUCACCACUCCGCGUCGUGCCCUCGCAGUGAAACAAGCAGCCUCGAUUGGAAAACAGCGUGGAUAUUGCGAGUGUUGUGACGUUUGGUACAGGUGUUUAGACGACCACCUUGUUAGUGGUGGACACAGGCGAUAUGCAGACAAUAACAACAACUAUAACCGCUUGGACGAUGUCAUUGAUAGUUUCCCAUCUUUUGACGAGUUUCUGACCGUCUGUUUGGAAUCCGAAAACCCAGACAGCAGUGCCGAUAGCGAAGCCGCUAAAAAGCUAGUUGACGAAUCGAGUAACGAUGCAACUGAAUGCGCCGUCAUUCAAGCAGAAAAGAACAAUGUCGUUUUAUCUGAACCACAGUCUAAAACUGAUGAUGGUGUUGUGGAAUCUGUCGAACUAAAUGAUGGUAUCCAGGAACAAAAAGUUCUGGCAGUAGCUGCUCAAGCAGAAGAAAGAGUGUGUGACGUUGCAAAAUCAAUUAACGAAAAUGAAUGCGGAACUUAUGACGUACAGACUGUAGAGAACAAAUGUUUCAGCCCCAGAGGUGGAACAUUGUCAGCAAAUGACGAUAUUCAGCCAACAAACGUUAAAGACUGCAUUAACAAAAUAUUUGACGUCCCCGUGCCCCUGCCAGAAAAUCAUCAGCGUGCCACUGAAAUAAAAUCAAAAACCAGCGAGGGAGAGAUCGACAUCGGCUUCACCAGUUCUAGUCACCGCGAGGAACUCACCAAGCUUUCAGACUCCUCCAUUGAUCAACUCCCAUCAGCGCACAUCACAUCUCCUGAACAAGAUGUCAUUGACCCUUACGAAUUUCAUUCGGAGACCGAUGAGGCAAAUUUGUGGAAAAUUUCUAGGCGUAAUUCAACAAAACUGAUUUUCCAUAAAAAUGGACCUGUGAUAGACGAAAAAAAUUGGAACGAUGUUUACCAGUCGCCCCCGGCUGGUUGUUCUUUUGUUGAUUUAGAAGACGACGUAUUUAAUGACUCUGUCGCCGAUAGAGGUGCGGACUCGGUGUCGAUGGCCCUCUCUUCUGAUAGUUCUCUGCCUGGAGUCAAAAUGGAUUCGACCAACAACGUUCUUUCUUCAGAUGAUUCUCUACCUUCAGAUCAGAUUGAUUCGAGCCCCGACGCCCAGAUGUCUGAUGACAUCGCUUCACUAGAAGCUGUUGACGAACUCCGGGAAAGUAUGUUUACAGCCAAACGCCAUGUGAGUCUCCCAACAAACAACUUUCAGUGGUCUGUGAAAAGUGAAGAAAACUCUGGACAUUUAAAGCUGAAAUUCUGUAAGAUCGUAGUGACACCCAUCAGCCAGCCGUAUGACUCAGAGAGGGUGAAGUGGAGAGUGACGCGAUCUGGGAAUUGCAAACUUAUCUUUAGAUCAGAUUCUUGUAAAAAGAGAGCUUCCCACAAACAUGGAAUGCGCACUAGCUCAAGAUCAAGACAGUUGAAAUACAGCAGCUUUGAGGGAAUGGACUGAAAACGGACUUCUCAUUUCUUGGAUAUAUUUUAAUUGGAAUUCAAAAAUUGAGUUUUGAAAGCAUAUGACACUUUUGUAAAAUAUAUAUUUAAAAAAACAGUUUUACCAUCAAAAAUGUUUCAAAUAAUUUUGGUAUAUUAUAUUUGACUGAAUUUUCGACUCUUUUAAAGAUUGGAAUUGAUUUUCAAAAUAUUUUUAGACAAACUUUUAAAUUUUAACAGUGAUUUUGACCUUUUUAUCUUUUCAUU